AUGGCUGACUACUUCUUCUGGAACAAUAUUCGAGCUCAGACAUCAUAUAGUCCUCAAUACGUUCAGAAGCAUGGUGCAGAGUCUUUCCUCUACCCCGAUGCUGCUCAGUCGAUUCUAUAUAGCUCGGGAGCCAACUCUACUACGGGAGACGGAUACACUAAGACUAGCGCAUUUUCAUCUUCAUUUGGAACGAGUGCAGCGGCUGGCGGUGCAUCUAUCGUCAAUGAUGGCUUCAUUAAACGUCUCCUAUCCAACUCUCCUAACGCGGGGACUAAUUUCUCUAGUUCUUGGCCAUCGCUCGGUUCAGCUGCUGCAUCUACCACGAUCGCGAAUCAAACCGCACGCGAUUAA